UAUCUGCAGUUCUCGAGUCGAGAAGCGCUUGCACCGUCCAGCUCGCAAAAUGAACGCCUUGAACCUUGGCCUUGUCAUCAGUGCCGUUGCGGCUACAGCCAUGGCUGGCGGAUUGCUGGGCGGCUAUGGCCUUGGCUAUGGUGGAGGCUAUGGUGGGGGAUUUGGAGGAGGUUUCGGCGGAGGCCUCGGCGGCGUUGGCAUUGGCAGCAGUGUGGCUCUCUUACACAGUGGUCCAGGCUUUGCGAAAGUUGUCGCUGGACCUGCAUUCCUCGUGAAGACAGUUCAUCACGUCAACAAGCUGCACGGAGGAGGAGCGGUCAUUGCGCACUCUGGCUUGGGAGGCGGUUACGGCGGCGGAUACGGAGGCGGAUACGGAGGCGGAUACGGCGGCUACGGUCUCGGCUAUGGCUUCAAGGGAUGAGCAUACAUUAGCACU